AUGUACCUACCAUUCUUUCUGAUCACUCUCUUUUUAAGUGGAUCCUUGGGGAUCUCAAUCCUUCGGCGACCGGAAUAUCAGACGGAUGACUAUUACACCUACGAGGAAAUCCAGGAGUACUUAAAGGGUUUGGAAAAAAGCUAUAGUAAGCGUGUGAGGUUGACAGACAUUGGAAGGUCCUACGAGAAUCGAAAGCUGACCACAAUUACCAUCACAAAUGGAGAUGGUCGCAAGGACAAGAAUGCAAUCUUCAUAGAUGCAGGAAUUCAUGCCAGGGAGUGGCUCACCCACACAACCGCCUUAAAUGUUAUUAACGAACUGGUGGUGAAUUUCGAAGAGAACAAGGAACUCCUCAAGGAAUACGACUGGAUUGUCCUUCCUCUGGUAAAUCCGGACGGAUACACAUUUACCCGAUCCGGAGAGAAGUUUACAAAUGAAACUAUCGUUUGCAAUGAGGACCAAGGUGUUAAGUGCUGGAGGAAGAAUAGACAACCCAAUGACGGAAAUUGCAUUGGCACCGAUCUCAAUCGAAAUUUCGCAAAGGGAUGGAGCAAAGGAGAUGCCUCAAAUGAUCCUUGCUAUUUACUUUUUAUGGGUACUUCCCCAUUCUCGGCUCCGGAAUCCAAGGCAGUUGGAAAGGAAAUUUUGAAAAUGGCAAAUUACAAAAGAGGCAUAAUGUACCUAUCUUUUCAUUCCGCAGCAGGCAAAAUCCUUUAUCCAUGGGGUUUCGAUAGUAACGUUUCAGAAAAUGUCGAAGAACAUAGAGAAGUAGGCCGAGCUGCAGUGGAUGCCAUAGCGAAAAGUAAUUUUAAGUUACCAUCAAAUUACUCAGUGGUUCCUGCACACGAAUUGUAUUCGGAUGAAAUUGUGCUGUCCGGUGGAUCGUCAAGUGACUUUGCCUAUGAAGUUGGCUUUCCGCUAUCUUAUACCUGGGAACUUCCGGGUAAGAGUCUCGAUUUGGAAUUUAUGUUCCAUCCACCAACGCAUCUCAUAAAGGAACUUGUGGAAGAAACUUGGAUUGGCCUACGCGCGAUGGCAAAGAAAGUAAUCCAAUUGUAUCCAGUUAAACAUAGCUAACAAAUUCAUUUCUUUUAAGCUCACAAUUUUUCAGAUCUUUAAAUUGGAAUAAAUAAAUAAAAAUACUGUGACAUUUAAAGAACUA